CGGCAUCGAAUUUCGGCUAUGCGGUUUUCGAAAGCGGGUCGGUUAUUGUUCGGCAUUUUCUAUUCUUUUUCAAAACAAUUGGCUUUUUUUUCAUUAAUUUAGUUUAAAUUGUUUUAGUUAAUUACAUUCAAUUGUUUGUUGUCAUCUUUAGUUACGGUUAUUUCAACGCUUUGUAUUCCAAUAAUCUUAUACCAUGGCUGAUGAAUCUAAUCAAACACCCAAACGAGGUUUAGGAAGACCAUUUCUCAGGAAUAAUAUUCUUGAAGAUGGGUCAAUGGAAAACCCAAUUGAUCCAACAGUUCAUAUUAAACGUGAAUGUGGAGACAUUGAAUCUGAACCUCAAUCUGAACCAAUGGCUACCGAAGAGAUUGAAGUGGCUACUCGUAUACCCAAAGUUGAACCUGGAUCUCAACCAUCUAUUUCUAUCCCUGAUGUUGGUGUUCGAGCUGAAGAUCUUUUAUCACUUUUCAAUCUUGAGCCAGGAGAACGACCUACAAUCUCCGUUCAUCCUCGUCAAUCGGAAAUUGAAGCUGCGAGAGUAAAGCACGAAGAGCCCGACUCCAAACGAGCCAAAGUCUAUCAAUCAGGAUCUCGUUUUAUGAACGUUGAUUCAAUGGAGCAAAAGGCUUACGUUAACCGUAUAAAUGAACAAGAAAAAACAAAAGCCUCGCAAUUCGUCUUCCGUCGAAAUAAUCGAAACGGAGAUUUCAAAAUGGAAAUCGAUGACGACUCAGCUUCUACCACUCAUGCAACUCUUGACGGUGUUAGUACUUGCCUCGACGAGGUAAAUGAGUUGUUAGACCCAAAUUUCCGAACGACUGUUGAACAUUUUUUCAAAGUUAAAAAACAACAAGAUUAUAAUUCAGCUCCAUUACCCAUUGAAUCGAAGAGGAAAAACAUCACCACCCAAAUCAAUUUAAAUCGAGUUGUCAUCAUUAAAGGUACAACUGGGUGUGGUAAGACAACUCAAGUGCCUCAAUUCAUAAUGGAAGAUUGUUAUAAUCGUAAUAAACAUUUCAACAUUGUGGUCACUCAACCUCGUCGUAUAGCGGCAAAAAGUAUAGCCGAAAGAGUUUGUGAGGAAAGAGACUGGAAAGUGGGCGAACUUGUUGGAUAUCAAAUUGGUAUGGACAAAACGGCUGGAGAAUUAACUAGACUCCUUUACUGUACAACUGGUGUUCUUUUACAAAAGUUAAUCGCUGAAAAGAAAAUGGACAAUUAUACUCACAUCAUUAUCGAUGAAAUUCACGAACGAAGUGAUGAAACUGAUCUGUUGUUAAUGGUUGUGAGGAAGUUUCUUUGGACUCAAGCAGCUCCAGUUAAAGUGAUUCUCAUGAGUGCAACAUUUGAUUCCAACAAAUUUGUGCAUUACUUUUCUCUCAAAUCUCAAUCUGGUCUUCCAAUUCGACCUUAUGAAGUUAAAAUCGAGGAAAGUGUUCGGCCAAUUAUAAAGACUUAUAUCAACGGGUUUCCACCAACAUGGCGUCAAGAAGCUUCAGUUGGUGUUGAACAACCAGAGUUUCUACAAUUCGACAUUGAAGAUCCUCACAUCGAUGCUGUGCGAGCCCGAAUGUGUCCCAUUAUGAUUAAACAUUUUGAUUCGCUUGAUAGAUCAGCUUCUCGAAAAGGAGCUGUUCUUGUUUUCUUACCUGGUUUUGAUGAUAUCAGACAAAUGACUAAAUUAUUAGAAGCUUAUUCAUCAAAAUUUAGACUAAAUUGGCUCAUCUUACAACUUCAUUCAUCGAUCACACUGGAGGAACAACGAAAAGUUUUCGUCGCUACUAAACUUGGUGAACGAAAGAUUAUUUUAUCAACAAAUAUCGCCGAAAGUUCAAUUACAGUGCCAGAAGUUGUUUAUGUUAUUGACUAUUGUUUGACCAAGAGUUUAGUCUGUGAUAAAAUGACUAAUUAUCCAACUUUAAAACUUGAGUGGGCUUCACAUGCCAAUUGUGAUCAAAGAGCUGGUAGAUGUGGUCGAGUUCAAGAUGGUCGAGUCUAUCGAAUGGUCACUGCCGAAUUUUAUGAUAGAUUCAUGUCGAAAGAAGGUGUACCUGAACUAUUAAGAACACCUUUAGAAAAUGCUAUUCUUAAAGUGAAGAAAUUAGAUCUUGGACCACCGAGAGAAUUACUUGCUCUUUGUAUUGACUCUCCCAAUUUAGGUGAUCUUCGUCGUUCAAUUGUUAGACUGAAAAGAGUCGGUGCAUUGACUCCAACAAUUAACGGUGUUUAUGAAGAAGAAGAUGGUCAACUGUCCCUUCUUGGUAAAAUGAUGGCCGAUCUCCCAUUAGAUGUUCAACUAUCUAAAUUUGUGAUGAUGGGCUACCUGUUUGAUUGCCUCGACGAUUGUAUCAUUAUUGCUGCAUGUCUCUCAUUACAAAACUUUUUCAGCAAAAGUUUCGAUGAUACAAUUAGAGCUUACAAAGCGCGUUUAGCUUGGACUGAACGUACUUUUAGUGACCCAAUCGCUUACUGGUAUGCCUAUCGAACCUUCUGGGAUAUGGUGAGUGCAGGUAUUUUUGAAUCUCGUUCUGCAAAAGCAAAGACUUGGUGUCGAGUCAAUUUCAUUCAAUAUGCUCGACUUCAAGAUGUCAUCAAUUUGGUUGAUGAAUUAAGAAAAAGAUUAACUUCCGCUGGUAUCCAAUCCGAAAAAAGGCCCAACCUGAUCAGAGAUAAAUUUGAAGAUCAGCUCAUCCUCAAGGUCGUUAUCGCCGCGGCUUUUUAUCCUUAUUAUUACAUCAAAACACCUCUCAGAAAUCCCGAAAUCGCAAAAGAGUUAACUGAUAAAGACCCUUACAAAACAGUUAAACUAAGUGGAUUACCUCAACAUGAAGGUGUUCUUUAUGCUGAUCAAAUUAAAUUAGCUUUAGAAGAAAUUGAUUCUCAUAUGGAACUUGAAUUCGAGGAUACUCAUUGUUAUGUCACAUUCCAUACAAAGGAUGAUGAAAUCUUGGGUCCAGCUAUUUCAUCUCAAACUGAUGGUAUGGCAGUUCCUCGAGCUGAAGAAUCUCUUUACCAAGAAUCAAUGUUAAGGAAAAAAGUGUUCCAAGAAAAUCAAGUUGCGACCGCUGUUUACUUGGCCAUCAAACUCAAUCGAUGUCGUAAACAAAUCAUCGUCACCAAGUACAAGCCUCACAUCGCUGGUCCAAGAAUCAAAUCUUUGUUUGAUAUUAGAGAAGCUAAAAUUAAUGCAGCUCAUCUUUUCAGGACAGCUCGCUACCGAAUCCCACCUUACUCGAGUUGUAAAAUACCAAAUCCACGAUUACCAUCAAAGAGUAAGAAAAAAAUUGAAAUCACUGUAACCGAAGUUGAACCGGAAUUUUUUUAUGCUCGAAUGCGAGAUAGACAAACUACUACGAUGCUCGCUAACCUUGAUAAAGCGAUCGAAAAUGCUUACAAGCCAGAAAAGUUUCCAUACAACGACCCUAAAGUUGGCGAUGUUAUCAUAAUAAAUUGGAAAUAUGAAGAUCGUCCAAGGAAAUUAGAAAGAGCAAGAGUUUGUCGGGUUGAUCGAGAACGUAAAAGCUUCGAAGUUUUCUGUAUAGACUCUGGCACCACUGGAAUAAUCAAUUUAGAAGAUCUUGAUUCCUGUGUUCGUCUUGAUCCAACUCAAAUGCCAGUUGAACUGUUCUCGACUCCCGCUUUGGCCAUGGCAUGUCGUCUAUGUGAAGUUACUCCUUCUCAAGCUCGUAAAAUGAAGCAAGAAGCUCGUUACAAUGAUUUAGAUGUUUUCGCUUCAUUAGUGUUGAAUUGUAACGAUGUUUGGGGAAUGGUUUAUAGUGUAGUGAAUGAUGUGAUCGCCCUGAAACUUUUCCGUGGCCAAGAUAAUGGCGUUUCAAUCAAUGAUAAACUAUUAGCUGAUGGAGUAUUCGUCAAGUGGGACGAACCUUCACAAUCCAAAUUUGACUCCAAUGUUCGUUUCCAUCAUCGAGCCACCGAGGAAGAAGAGCCUCUUUAUACUCUAACUGAGGCUUGUACUGUUGAAAAUUUUAUCCCGGAAGGAGAGGCCAAAUAUCUAGCUGAUAGUUUAAUCAACAGUUACAAUAGUCCAUUCAGCAAAGAAAAGGUCAAACUGAAAGGACCUUACACCCCAAUUGAAGUGAGCUUCGAAGGAGUAACCCGUCAAGACUCAGUGUUACGAGUGGCCAUUGACAGUGAAUCUGUAAACUCUGUUUGUUUUGAUCCUGAUCCAGAAAAUUCAAACAAACGCCUUCUUGUUGCAUCAUGUGUCCAAUUACAACCAGAAAGUGGCAGAUUAACUGCUAGAAAUACAACACUAAUGCCCGACAUCACCGGAUUUCCUCAAUUAAUGUCUCUCUUAUUUGCACCACGAGUUGAAUUUCGUGUGGACUAUGAACGUAAACAAUAUGUUAGUGCUCUUUGUGGACUGGGUUACGAUGAAAACACUAAACAUCCUCACGACCCAGACAAUGAUAUGGAAAUUACUUUUGAUUGUUUCAUCGAUAACGCAGAUAUUACCAAGAUUAAUCUGAUUCGUUACAACAUCAGUGAUGUUUUAUCAAGUGAAUCCAAUUUCGCAGAAAUUUGUGGCCACGCUUUAUUCCAGAAACAACAAAAGAUUCGAGCCAUGGUUUUGGAAUUGUUAUCACGACAACGAGUCGUUAUCCCAAUCAAAGAAAAAUGGGAAAGGAAAUUUGAAUGGGUUGAUAAAGAUCAAUUAACCUCUUCAAAUGUAAAUCUGCUCAUCGAACCUCUUUACGAAACACACAAAGUUGUAGCCGAAGUUUGUUUCGAAAAUUUCAAGGAAAAUUUAGCAACCAAUUUAGAAUCAAUGAAGUUGAUCAUAGACUCUAACAUGAAAGCGGUUGCAAAAUGUGAACUUUGCUCUGAUAUUAAAUUUUUCAAUCGUCGAAGCCUAAUGGACCAUUUAAGAACCGAUGCCCACGUUUCGGCCGUUAAAAAGAUUUUCGAACCAAGUAAAUGGGCUGAUUUCCAGAUCUCAGAUGAGUACACGAUCAUCUUACAAUAGACAUUGAAUUUAAACAUCAAAUUCAUUCAUAAGUAAAUAAAGAGAUCUCAUUAAAUUGAUGUAAACAAAAAUCUCAGAUACUUUGAGUUGUUUCCAUCUAGUCAUUAUCUUUUUCUUAUAUUCCAAUAAUUCAUCUUUUUAGUUUGACUAAUCAUUUUUUUUGUAACAAAAUUUGUUAAAUUUCAAUUCCUUUUCUCUCAAUAAUAAUCAUUUAAUUUUCUGAAUGCCGUUUAAAUAAACAAUUACUCUAAUCUUAUAAAAA